AUGGACACAGAUGCUUCUGAGCCUGAUCGUGAGCCUGACAUAUUUGACAAUGAGGAAGAGUACGUCGGUGUGGAUGAUAAACACAUAUAUAAGACAGAAGCACAUGCACAGCCACAUACACAACCACAUACACAACCACAUGAGAAUGCACACCCACCUGAGAUUAAUGAUCACAGUUCUGAUAAUCUUGCUGCUGAAGGAGGAAUUCCUCUUGAGGCACAGGUGAAUGAUGCAAAUCCCCAAGAGGUUAUUGUAAUUCAUGAUCCUGAAAAUUCAAAAAUUGAGAGAGGCUCUAAGUUUCCUGACAUUAUAGCAUUCAAAAAAGCUAUAAGACAUUACGCUGUGAAGGAAGGCUUUGAGUUCACUGGGCUGAAAACAGACCGUACCACAUUCAUUGCCCAUUGUGCUGCAGAGGGAUGCCCAUGGCGUAUUCAUGCUUCAAAGGUAUAUGGUGAGAGGACAAUAGAGAUUAAAGUGCUUCCUGCAAAUCACACCUGUGCAACUACCAAGCUGAGGGUUGGCAAGAUGGCAUCACAAGGCUGGUGUGCUGACAGGUUGGCUGAUUGCCUGAAGAAAUAUCCUAAGAAGGGUCCCAAGGAAGCCAAGGAGAAAUUAGAAGAAGAUUAUGGGAUUAAGCUGAGGUACUCAAAGGCUUGGUCAGAGAUAGAAUGUUCUGGUAAAGGGAAGGCCAAGAGGUUCAAGAGGAUUUUUGUUGCAUUGAAGCCUUGUAUAGAUGGUUGGCUAGAGGGAUGCAGACCCUUUUUAGGAAUUGAUGCAUCUAUCUUGAAUGGAACUUAUAUUGGUCAGUUGGCUGCUGCUACUGGUAUAGAUGGGCAUAAUUGGUUAUAUCAUGUGGCAUAUGCUAUUUUUGACUCUGAGACUGAAGAUAACUAG